AUGUCGGGCGAGGCUUUAAAGGGUGAGUUUUCAUCUGGUUGGGCAUGGCUUCCGAGGGACCUUUUAGAUUCAAUUCUUGAUAAACUAGUCACACUCUUCGACUACUUUCAAUUUAGUAUAGUUUGCAAGCCAUGGUUCACUGUUGCGAAGCAUCGUUGUCUCGACACCAUUCAUAGAAAAAUACCAUUGUUGUUGCUCACUCCUAGAAGUGUUGAAGAAAACAUUGGUUGUUUAGUCCUCAUCAAUUCAAGAAAACAUUGGUUGUUUAGUCCUCAUCAAUUCAAAGGCGCCCAACACAAAUUGCGGCCUAAACUCGUGUUGAGCCGGCCUUGCAUCAAUCCUUUAUCUGGCGGGACAAUUCAACUCCCUCCAAUUGUAAAGAAGUUCCCGGAAGUUGGAUCUGCGGUGGUUGAUGGCUCUCUAGUUUUCAAGGCUUUCCUUACAGCAGAUCCUAUUCUAUUUCCCAAUGAUUAUACUGUUGUCACACUCUGUGGUGGUUGGAACACUUUAGCAUACGUUAAAUCAGGUGAUCUCUCACUGGACCAAAGGUUUCUGUGUGAUUUCAAGGAAGGACGUAGGACAUUAAGGUUCAAGAUUUUCAAGCUGCAAUUUAGUCCACUGGGGAGGAGGCAAACAGGGUUGAGAUAUGGGCAAGACCUUCAAGGGUCUGCUUUCAUGGCAUGGCUUCCGGAGGGCCUUCUCGAUUCAAUUCUUGUUAAGUUGGUCACAUUCUCCGACUACGUCCGGUUUAGUGUGGUUUGCAAGCCAUGGCACUCUGUUGGAAUGCAUCGUCGUCUCAACACUAUUCAUAAAAAAAUACCAUUGUUGAUGCUCCCUCCUAGUACUUGCAAGCCAUGGCACUCUGUUGGAAUGCACCGUCGUCUCAACACUAUUCAUAAAAAAAUAAAAAAAAUACCAUUGUUGAUGCUCCCUCCUAGUACUCCAACCGAAGAAUGGCGUGCCUUAUACAGCGUCACAGUUAAUAAAGUCUACAACUUCAAAGUCCCUUCACAUGGUUGGCUCUUCACUGAAGUAGAAAACAUGGUUUUAGUCCUCAUUAAUCCAUUCUCAGGCGGGACUAUCCGUCUCCCCCCAAUUGAAACAUUCGCGGGUAUUGAACACCAGAAGGUUGAAGUCGACAAAAUUUUCAAGGCUUCUCUUACGGCUGAUCCUAUUUUAUAUCCCAAUGACUAUACAAUUGUUGCAAUCUAUGGUUAUUGGAACGAUUUAGCAUACAUUAAAUCGGGUCGGGUGAUAAAACUUGGACAUACGUUGACAUACCGAAACAGUCUCUAG